AUGUCGCUCUCACGAUCGCCUUCUCCUCAUCCCGGAGGAGGUUGGUCGAGUCCCGGAUUGACUCCCAACAGCGGGAGCUCGAGUCCGCGCACCGUCUAUUCCAGCAGCGCGGCCGGGCCCAGUGGAAUCUCGUGGGCGGCCGCAAAGGCCAAAAGCGAGGAAGUGAAAGGCUAUCCGUCCUUUUCGACGCGGAACAAUGGCUUUUUUUCGCGUCAGAAGCGCAGGAUCUCCGCGAGUUUACCCCGAUUCCGAUUGAACUCGAAUUCAAAGGACUACCGAGAAAAGGAGAAGCUGGGGCGUGGACGAUGGCAGGAUAACAGUAGUUUGGCAGGACGGGUGAUUGCGCUCUUAGGUGCACUUCUGCGCCGGACGAGGAUACGACUGUUGUUGGUGGGGAUUCUCAUUUUUAUAGGCUAUCUAAUGUUCUGGACCUCUAUAUUCGAGGCCUAUCGGAGAUCGUCCAUUGGAGGAGGAAGGAAGGUCGUCAUUAUACUAGCGUCGAAUGUCGAGGGAGGUGUGAUGGAAUGGAAAGGCGCGCGUGAAUGGGCCAUUGAGCGCAACAGCAUCGCAAACAAGAAGAGAUACGCGAAGCGAUGGGGUUAUAAUCUCGAGAUCGUGAAUAUGAUGACGAAGAAAAGAUAUGCGCAUGAAUGGCGUGAGAGCUGGGAGAAGGUGGAUGUUAUCCGGGAUUCCAUGCGAAAAUACCCUCAAGCGGAAUGGUUUUGGUGGCUCGAUCUCAAUACCUAUAUCAUGGAAUACUCGUACUCUCUCGAAGACCAUCUGCUCAACCACCUUGACACUCACACUUACCGGGACAUCAAUGUUUACAAUCCUCUGAACAUCACGCAUCCGCUCACCGCACCUUACCUCGACCCUCUUUCGCGCUCCGUGAAUGGCGACGGUGACCCUUCCUCGAUCAAUCUGCUCGUGCCACAAGACUGUGCCGGGUUCAACUUGGGUUCCUUUUUGGUACGGCGCUCUUCAUGGACGGACCGCCUGUUGGACAUCUGGUGGGACCCAGUGAUGUAUGAGCAGAAGCACAUGGAAUGGGAACAUAAGGAGCAGGACAGCCUGGAAUAUUUGUACGCCAACCAACCAUGGGUGCGACCACAUGUCUCGUUUGUACCUCAGCGCCGGAUCAAUUCGUUCCCUCCCGGAGCUUGCGGUGAUGAACCUCACCCCGGGAUACACUACCACGAGAAGGAUCGUGACUUUGUCGUCAACAUGGCUGGAUGCGAGUGGGGGCGCGACUGCUGGGUAGAGAUGUACAACUACCGCGAACUCAGCAACCACCUGAACCGAACUCGAUGGGAACGGUUCAAAGACGGAGUCAGCUCCUUUUUCAAAAAUCUCUUUGGAAAAACCGAAAAAUCAGCUACGCAAUGA